ACUCAGUGUCCUACCCCCCACUCUGCAAUCCGUCCACUGACCUCCACUCAGUUCUCCACCCGCCCUCUCUGCCAAUCCCUCCUCAGUGUCCUCCACCCCCCUCUGCCAAUCCCUUCACUGACCUCCACUCAGUGUCCUCCAUCCACCCCUCUGCCAUCCCUCACUGACCUCCACUCAGUGUCCUCCACCCCCCUCUGCAAUUCCCUUCACUGACCUCCACUCAGUGUCCUCCACCACCCCUCUGCCAAUCCCUCCACUGACCUCC